GUUAUACACAAUUUGUUUUAUUCAUACUUAUAACUCAUUAUAUGUUUAAACAAGAAAAAUGUUAGUACUGUUAGUUAUCGCUAUUAUUACAAAGGUUCAAGCCGGGCCAUGUGGUUUGCCUUGUACUCUCACUACAGUAUCGACUCCACCAUGUAGAGCGCUCGGCGUUAGCCCUACUCUUUUAAAUGUGUUGCCAUGUUUAGCUUCAGCACCACUUAUCCAAGUACCACUGACUCCAUUGCUUCUCCCAAAAUCUACUCCAAGUACUCUCCCGAUGACACUUAGUCCAGCGGUAUUACAAUUAAUUCUGUCAUCCAUGGUUCCUACCAAUUGUGCAUCCCCAAUUCCAUCAUCUCUCCCAUUACCUCUCCCCGCGACAGUACCAGCGCCACCUACAUGCUCUUCGUCGUCUUCACUCUACGGACAUUUGAACUCUUUGUUGCCAUUUCUGGCUCCAAUACAAGCUCCAGUUCCAACAAUCGCUCCAUGUAGUGUUACAGCCACAACACAAAAACUUAUCCCUGUAUCACUUACUCCAUUGCCAGUACUAGCACCAACAUCAGCCUCAAUACCAUUGUCAUGCCCUGUACCCACUUCUACUCAAUGCGUUGCUCCAGUAUCAACUUCAGCUCCAUGUGUUACUUCAGUACUAGCUCCAUCGAUAACUCCAUGUUGUGCUCCAAAAACUACACCAACACUUAUCCCUGUACCUCUAACUCCAUUACCGUGCCCAGCACCAUCUCCAGCUACAGCAACCCUUAGUCCAGCUAUUUUGAGAGCUUUGUUAUUACUUUUUUCCUCUGUCCCAGAACCUUGCCCAGCACUAGCUCCAGCAACUCAUGCAUAGACAUGCACAGCAUCAGAUGUAUUUUUCUUUAAUCUAGCUUUUUUAAGCGAUUUGUUACCAUUUUUAUCUUCAAUUACCAGCUCCAGCGUCAAAUACUAGCUUUUGCCUAAUGUAUUACUCCGGCUUCAGUUCCUUUAAUUUUGCUACAUGGCUCUUAAUUUAAUUUAUUAAUAAUUGUUUAUUUAUUUUAUUAAAACAAAAGUUGUACUGUAAAAGAAUCCUUUUUAUAUAUUUCUAAAAUAGUGCGUCUUAUUAAUUUAUAUAAUAUAAUAUUAUUUUUAUGCUACGCAAGUGUUUACAAAAUAAAAACAUAUUCUAAUUAAUUAGUUAAAUCUUAUUUGUAUUAAGUUUCUAAAUAAAAUUUGUAUGAUAUAAA